CCCAAUUGUAUAUCAUCCAGCAUAGACCAUCUGCACUGUGAUCACUAUAUUGCUCAUUUCUUUCAAGUUCUGUCUGCGUUUAUUCCAGAGACUAUAACGUUCCCUGACUGUUCUCCCACGUCACUUAAUAGACAGAUACUUCCGUGAAGUCUCGUCCAUAUAUCGAUUUAUUAGAACUUCACGCUCGUUCCGAGUCCGCAUCCAUGUCUACUAGUACUAUCCCGUUCCAUGCCGUGCCUCAGGAUAUUGUUAUUCAAGCAGGUCAUCGCCCGAAAUACGCAUUCCUGGCUUAUCCCCCACCCCCUAAAAAGCGUCCUACACAACCCCUGCCUUCACCACCUUCGUACGCCAGGAUAGUUGUUCCUCAGGCCCCCCCGCGCAUCCGCCCUCGCUCGAAUACUUUUUCUACAAUCACCGCUUGGGCAGCCCACGUCCAGCCUGGAUCUCCUGGAUCUCUUUCUCCGCGUUCUCCGCGUCGCCGUCCCUCGAUCGGCUGCGGUCGCAGAGCAUCCAUUACGUCCGCCCGUGGCUCAGCAGGCUGCUUCUUAAACGUUUUAGACACCCCUUCCACUGCCCAUCGCAACGCCGCAACCCCCUCAAUACAGAAUUUUAAAGCCGACCUCACCACCGUCGGCUAUACUUCUGCCUUUUUACAGUUCCCUAAGACUCCCAUCGCGUUCAAGCCUCGCACUGCUGAGGCUAGGCAUCAGAUUCCACUACCUCCUGUGCCCACAUCACCGACACGCAAGCCUCGCGGGCUUACACGCUUACGCUCCUUGUCCGGACUCAAGUACCGUGGCAGAUCCAAGUCCGCAGCGCCCUCAUCUCCCACAAAGAUGAAGGCUAAAGCAGCAGCAGCGUCGUCUGCUGCUGUGGUCAAGCGCAAGAAGGCGAAGUACGCUAACAUGCGCCCUGCACCUCUUGCCAACGAGCUCGCGCUUAUGCAGUUUAUUGACGGCGGCAGCAUGGAAUCCAACAUCAAACGUGUCAUGGAGGCUCAGGCCAGAGCUGGAGCUGCCGGUGUUAGUGAUGUCUACCGUGAUGGCGAAGGUGGUGUUUGGUGGGAUCAGGACGAGGAAUGGGAGUAUGCCCAUCUCCUCGCCGUCGGCGAGGAUGGUGCCGCUGGCGGUAUGGGUGACCUAGGGUGGGUUACUUUUGGCGGGGACAAAUCGUCCUCCGCUAACCCUGACGUUGACGAGGAGCGUCGCGCUAGCGUUUCAACCCAAGACUCUGACUUGGAUCCGCGCUACAUCGUCCAGCCCACUGACCAUCUUGACACGGAUGAUCUCGCUGUCUUCGGAAGCGCUCUUACUCCCCUCGCUACUCGCAAGCCAGCAAUGUCUGUCCUCGCGCUCCCAUCCCGUCCUCGGCGCGCCGCUAAGCACCUUCACAAACCCGACUACCUUUUGAACGUCGCGUUUUCCGAAGGCUUCGCAUCUCCCGAGAGUCCCGAUUUUGCGAUGUCGGCAUGUGCAAAUGGUGUCGCUAAGCCCAAGGGCAAGGCGCGCAGACGCCCUGCGCCACUGACGUUCACCCCUCCUAGCCCUACACUGAGGCAGCCGUCGAACUCUCCCAUGGAUGUUGAACGCACCCACAAGGAUUUUUUUGAGUCUUCGUUCGAGCCUAUAGCUUCUGCUGUCCCUUCUGCUCCAGCCAUGUACAAGGACGAGCGUGACAAAUUCCCUACGCGCCUCGACCUCUUGCAGCCCAACAACAGCAACUCGCUGAGUUUUCCCUGCAAGAAGACUCUCGCCAAGAAGCCGUCGAGGCUCAACAUGAUAGGCUUCUUCAAGUCAUCGAAAAAGUAGGAGGCGGAGUGCACAGUUCAUUCAUUACCUUUCUGUCUAUUCAACAUAAAUAACGCU